CGGAGCCGAGCCGAGCUGCGGGUUCAUUCUUGCAGUGGACUGAGGAGAGAGCGGCUCGUGGCGCGCUGGCUGACGACACAUCGCCGUGCUCCUCGUGGACGUCGCCGCCGUGCUUCUGUCUCGCACUCCUUCCUCCGACUCCCUCGGCGCUGCCGUCGUGACCAGCAGCGCUCCGGAUCUCGCCGGCUCUUAGGAUACUCCGGCCACCCUCCACGACGGCGACCCUCAAGCGCGGCCGCGUGGUCUCCCCCGCCGCAGUCUUGGAGAAGAUUAGCGGUGCCAUCGAGAACUUGAGGUCCAACAUGACGUCGCCGCUCAAGCGCCUCUGGUCCAUCGGGCACCAGGAGAGCCGGCUGUCGCAGUGGGUCCGCGCCAAGCGGCGCGCCCAGGAGCGGCGCCAGCAGCCGCAGUCGCACCGCCGCUUCUCGGACGACCAGCACGCGUGCCGGGGCUGCCACGCCAACUACUUCAGGGAGACGGCGCAGCGGCGCGCCGACUGGAUGACCUGCUCGGGCUGCGGCGGCUGGUACCAUGUGCGCUGCGCGGGCGUGGCGCCGGCCGGCGGCCAUGGAGGCGGCGCCGUGCGGGACCGGGCGCCGCUCGCGCUCUGCGGCCAGUGCGCGGCCUGAGGUCACCGUGAGGUCACCGCGAGGUCACCGCGAGGUCACCGUGAGGUCACCGACCAACACCAUCAACCGCCCCGAGCCGGCGCGACUCCUCCGGUUGAUGAUCAUGCGCGACGCGCUUGGCUGUGAUUUUUGUGUGCCAUCUUGUGUCCGUCUCAGACUUUGUCUCAGACUCUGUCUCAGACGCUGUCUCAGACUCUGCCGGGCGGGGUCGGGUCGGACCCGUCCGCGGCCGCCGAUCUGAAAGUCUAAUGGGGGCGGCUGCGCCUCUCCUUACAUCACAGUCGCCGCGCCGCCCCGCGCCAGGACCGCAGCCCCCACCGUCCCCGUCAGCCCUUGACGGCUCGUCCACUAGAUCUCAAUUUCUUUCCUCCCCCUGUUAUGUGUGCGUGUCUUACACCGGCCCAAUCUGUCUUGUCGCUGUGCGAGGCGUGCCGCCGCACCCUCCUGUUGGCCGGCCGCCUGAGAGCCUCAGUUCCGCGGCGCCGUGGCCCUGUGCAGGCCAGCUGCGCGCCGAGCUCCACCUCCUCUGACUGGCCACAAGGCGGAAUUAUUCAUAAAUUGUGUGCGGGGCGCGCGGCCGUGUCGGUCCGCCGCUUCCUCGUGCCGUCUUUCUGUUCUCUUGUAUACCCGUGAUUCCCUUGUCGAACUAAGAUGCGGGCGAAUACCACCGCUGUUUUGUGUAACAAAGUUUUUUGUUGAAGAUGAUGAUGAUAGAUUUACGGAGUGUCGAUGUCGAUUAUUUUAUUUGUUUAAGUUUAUUUAUUCACGGGGUAGUAUCGCAAACCACAUGUUACGACACCAUUCCUGUGAAUCAUACCAGUAUUUUUAUUUUAAGUGUGCUCUGUGAUCGUUGAACUCUCAUUUCUUAUUUUAAGCUAUUUAUGUAUGUCUCCUGUAUGAGUUCUAGGACGACCUCGUAAAGACCAUUAAUUAUUUCUUUGUAUAAUAAAACAACGUUUUUGGCUUCAAUGUAAGCUCAAAUACACGUUAUAACAAAUUA